AUGGCGGGUAAAUCUCAUAUUGUCAUUAUCGGCGCCGGCGUUACGGGUCUGACGACUGCUGUAUUUCUCGCUGAGGAAUGCUACAAAGUCACGAUUGUGGCCGCCCAUGUACCAGGAGACAGUAGCAUCGAGUACACAUCACCAUGGGCUGGAGCUCACUGGCAUACCCACGCCACAAGAGACAACCCUGUAGAAUGCGACUGGGACAUCCAGACCUACGACUACUGGCUCGAAAUACUCCAAAAUGAGAAGAAAGACCCUCAGCUACCCAGAUCAGGCCUCAAGCUUAUGACAGCCUACAAGUACUGGGACUUCCCAACCACGACAGAUAUCUGGUGGUCACCAUACGUGAAGGACUUUGAAGAAGUCAACGCCAGCCGCGAGCCGAUCAAAUCCAUCAACAAGCGAGCACGCGAGGGAGAACCGAUGAUCGUGGAUGCGAUGAUGCAGAAGGAGUUUGCAAUCAAUGUUCCGCAGUAUCUGCUCUAUCUACAGGAACGGGCACGUAAAGCCGGUGCUGAGGUCAUCCAACAACGCUUGCCAAUCGAGUCUGGUCUGAACAAUGCGAUGGAAGCUGCUGAAGGUCAUGCUGUGGCUGCUGGUCGUGGGAAUGCUGACUGCUUUGUCAAUGCCUCCGGGUUAGGUGCUGGCAAGCUCUGUGGCGAUCAGGCGAUGUAUCCUAUUCGUGGCCAGACUGUCUUGGUCAAGGGCGAGGCAGUCAACCCGUAUACUCGCAGUGGAAAGGACUACGGCUCGUACUGUAUCGUUCGUCCAGGUUCCGGUACCAGUAUCCUUGGUGGUACGCGGGAAGCCGACGUCUGGGAUGAGACACCAGAUCCUGCAGUCACGCAGCGUAUCAUCAAGUACGCUGCUAUGAAUGUGCCAGAGCUCCUGACAGGUCCAGACGGCGGUUUUGAGGUCGUGAGUGUACAGUGUGGGCUUCGGCCGGGCAGAAAAGGCGGGCCGAGGAUUGGAAUAGAGGCGCUUGAUGGGUAUAAGAUUGUGCAUGCUUAUGGGCAUGCUGGCGGCGGAUACCAGAAUUCGAUAGGGUCGGCACGGCUGGUUUCGAAGUUGGUCCAGGAGAGCUUGUCGAGCUCGACGCAAGCUGUGGCGAAGCUCUGA